AUGGUUUUUUUCAUCUGUGUUCUCUUCAUCAUCCUCUCAGUGGGUGUUCGUUGGACACCUUAUUUUUCAUCUAUUUCCAUAUUUCCAUCACCAAAUGGUGCAUCUUCUAAUUAUCGCAUUUCAUGCGUUGAUAUCCUCCAUAGCAUCGUGUACAAAGAUAGACCUGAAUGUGUAGGUUGUACAAAAUCUUGGUCAUGGAUGCAGUCGAGUCCAGUAGCCAAAUGUGAGUUCAAGAAGUUGGAACAACCCGAUGCCUCGGUUAUGCUAAACCGGUCAUGGGUUGUUUUUGCCGGGGAUUCUCAAACCAGGUUAGGGAUGCUAUCUAUGUUAAAGUUGGUUGAGGUGCCGGAGAGAGUACGGAUAGUUAAAGAGCAAUUGAAAAAGUUGAAAACAGAUUAUUCAACAUAUAUUGAUUCGAUUGGAAUGAAGUUGGAUUUUAAGUGGAAACCAUAUGCUAGAAGGUUGACAAAGUUAAUGCUGGAGUUCAAGAAAAACGAAAAAUACCCAGAUAUUAUAGUGAUGGGAGCAGGGUUGUGGGAUAUGUUGUACGAGAAUAAUGCGUCGGAUUACGAUGUUUCAUUGAGGAGUUUAAGGAAUUCUUUGCAGGAUUUGAAUAGCAAAGAUGGGAAGGUGCCACAUUUAUUCUGGCUUGCAAUGCCAACGUUGAUAAACUCGAAAUUGACAUCAGAAGAUAAGAGGCACAACUUAACGGAACCAAGGCGCAUUAGAUACGAUAACAAGGUUAAUGAAAGUAAGAUUUUAAACAAGUUUGGAGGGCCACUUCUGAAACUGGAUAUCCAUUAUUUGAGUGAGCUAUGUGGACCUCAGUGUACAAAAGACGGACUGCAUUAUGAUGAUGUUGUUUAUGACAUUGCUGUUCAAAUCAUGCUCAAUGCUGUGCUCAUUGAAUCUACUCACAAGCCACCUUUCUGA